AUGAUUAAUGGGUUUUGUAAGAUUAAAAGGGUGGGUGAAGCCAUUAAUCUCUUUGAAGAAAUGCAAUGCAAAAAAAUUAUUCCUGAUGUGGUAACUUAUAGUUCCCUUAUUGAUGGUUUCUGUAAAUCGGAGAAAAUCUCUCAUGCUUUGAAUCUAGUCAAUGAGAUGCAUGAUAGAGGUCAACCACCUGAUAUAAUUAUUUACAAUUCUAUAUUGGAUGCUUUAUGCAAAAACCAUCAGGUUGACAAAGCAAUUGCAUUGUUAACGAAAUUUAAAAACCAGGGUAUUCAACCAAGUGUGUACACAUACACUAUUCUUAUUGAUGGAUUGUGUAAAGGUGGAAGACUAGAGGAUGCACGGAAUAUCUUUAAGGAUCUUUUGGUCAAAGGCUAUAAUAUAACUGUCAACACAUAUACCGCUAUGAUCCAUGGGUUGUGUAACAUGGGCUUGUUUGAUGAAGCAUUGGCUUUGUUGUUAGAAAUGAAAGACAAUAGUUGCAUUCCAAACGUUGUAACUUAUGAAAUAAUCAUCCGUUCUCUGUUUGAUAAAGAUGAAAAUGAUAAGGCGGAGAAAAUUAUUCGUGAAAUGAUUACAAGAGGUCUACUAUAA